AUGGAAGCAAAAGACAUAUGUAUAGAAAUAGAAAAUGACGAAUUUUACAGUAAGUUUUUGACAGAUUCAGUAAAAACGAUUGUUGAAGGAAACAUAUCGGUAACAGAACAAGUCAAUAAACUUAACGAGGCCAUCGAUAAAUUAUCAAAAAGCUUAGAAAUACAAGUUCUCGCAAAACAUAAUGAUCUGUUGACUCAAGCAAGCAAUAUAUCUGAACUUGAGGCUAUGUUAGCGACCGUCCGUUCCCAAAUACAAGGAUUGUUGCAAACAUCACAAAAACUGAAAGAACGGAUUCAUAAACCUUUCUGCGUAUUAGAAGAACAAACUACAAUGCUUGAACGAGUUCAAAUAACUUGUAAUCUUCUCCGUCAUACAUCCAAAAUACUUGUUUUGUGGGAUAAACUUAAUGCAAUAAAAGAUAAUCCAGCCAAAGAAGCUAUAGUCUUAUUUGAACUGGACGAAUUGAUUAGUGACUAUGAUUUUGAAGGAAUUAUUUUGCUUGAAGAUAUAUUAAAAGAAGUAGAUAUUAAGAGAAAAGAUUUAAUAAGUAAUUCCACAGAGUUGUUGCAGUCUAGUUUAUUAAGUGGAGAUAAAACUAAACUAUUACAGUGUUUUAAAGUAUUUCAUAACCUACAAUGCACUGAAGAACAAAUUAAAAAAACUGUAGACUGUAUACUUAAGGACUUGAAAAAAGAGAUCACAAAUGCCCUAAAUGUGCAAAUGGUAUCUAUUGAAGUUAAAAAAUCAAGCUCAGGUCGCAUUGCUCCAGGCAAAGCCAAUAUAAUGAAUGCUCAAGAUUUUAAUAUUAAGCUCUGGGAUAACAUUGAAAAGCUAUUUAAAGUGGACAUUUACAACAGCUGCAUGAAGGUGAUUAUGUUGCAAAAUGUAGUCAACGAACUACAUGCAAUUGGAAAUUUUAGACAAAUUGCGAGUAACUUUUGGAAUGAAUUAUCAAAAAUUUUUAGUAAAGAAUUAGAAAAAAGCCCAUCAACAGUAAGUCAAUCUGUUGAAAUUGAUUUUCCAAAAUUGUUAAAGUGUUUCAAUGACUUGCUUUCUAGAUUAAAAUGUAAAGAUUUAGAAGUAAACAGGGCCUAUUUGACUAAAUGGGAAAACUCAUUUUUAUCAAAAUCCUUAGGCAAACUUUUAGAACCAGUCAGAAGUAUGUGGCAUUUAAACCAGGUGCCAACUACGGAUCAAAUUGAUAAUGCAAUAAGAGUCAUAGCAGAAGCAUUAAGCAUAUCUCUGGGUGAUAAGAACUUGAGUAUAAGUUUAGCAAAUAGUGUUGCUAAAAGUAUUAAGCAGAUGACUGUCGAGGCUGAACAAAGGCUGUCAAUGGAUAGUGAUGUUGCCCAAAUUAUUGAAGCCCCAACCAGUUCACAACAAAAGAAUGCUGAUCUAUGUAAUAGAUUAUAUUAUUUCUCAUCACAAAUUAAAAGAGUCCUCGUAAACAUGAACUCGAUGCUUCCACAAGAGAGUGUACAAAUAGUCCAAAACAGUCUCAAGGGCAUUUCGAGUUCGCCCAUUCUUAAUCUUUUUUCUGAAUCGAUUAAAAAUUCUCUGUACAUCAUUUUGAUGACCCUGCAUGAUGAAGGGGAUUUAAUACGAGCUGAUGAUCCAAGUAAUAAAAAUAUAUCAUGUUCACCAUACAUGAAAGAACUGCAACAUUUUGUGUCAAGGUGCAAAGAUAUCUAUCUAUCUAUGUUCGAUGAAAAAUCAGCACUAAACGAAUGCUGCAUGAAUAUUUCAAAGUCUUGCAUUGAAAGAUUCAUUCUACAUGUAUGCAAUGUUCGACCCAUAAGUAAAUAUGGACGUGCAAAAUUACAGGUUGAUUGCAGGCAUUUGGAGACUUGUUUAUCUCCAUUAGUGAAUGAGAUAGCGGAACUUGGUGAUCAUUACCGUCAAUUAAAGGCUUUGAGUUUACUUUUAGAAAAAACUCCUCAGGAGAUAGCUAAGAGCCAAAAUGAAGGUGGUGCUUUGCCUUAUUCAUUAGUGAUGAUGUUCUUGUUUUCACAUGGAGGCCCACAAUUACUCGCACCACACACCUGUGCAGGUUGGAACAUGCAGAAACUGGUCCAGUGGUUAGAUUCACAUAAAAACGAAAGGGACAGAAUAGAAUUUGUGGCUGGAGCUUUACAGAGAUAUCAAAAUCACAUCAGACAAAAUCAAAUUACUACAUAUGAUGAAGUAUACCCUGUUUUAUUACAGUUACUUGAUGAUGCGAGAGAGGCUUUAAAGAAG